CUCCGUCCGUACUUUACAAUGUCUCUCCAUGCAAUAUUCUAUCUCUCCCUCUUCUCCCUCUUUUCAUAUGGAGUCGCCCUUUCAGCCAGCGAAUGGCGCACUCAGUCCAUCUACCAGCUCUUAACCGACCGGUUUGGUCGGACGGACAAUUCCACCACUGCCGCCUGUGAUACAGGAGAGCAGAUUUACUGUGGAGGAACAUGGCAGGGAGUGAUCAACCAUCUUGACUAUAUCCAAGGAAUGGGCUUCACGGCCAUCUGGAUUUCUCCUAUUACUGAACAACUUCCCCAAGAUACUGGAGAUGGAGAAGCCUACCAUGGAUACUGGCAGCAGAGAAUAUACGAUGUGAAUGCGAAUUUCGGAACAAAAGAGGAUCUGAUCGCUCUCUCCGACGCCAUCCACGACAGAGGAAUGUACCUCAUGCUAGAUGUUGUUCCGAACCAUAUGGGCUACGCAGGAGAUGGAGAUGAUGUGGAUUACUCCGUCUUCGAUCCGUUCGAUUCUUCUUCAUACUUCCAUCCCUACUGUCUGAUCACCGACUACAACGACGAAGAAAUGGUCCAGGACUGCUGGGAGGGCGAUACGAUUGUCUCCCUGCCGGAUUUGAAUACCACCAUGUCUGUUGUGCAGGAGAUAUGGUAUUCUUGGGUUGCGGAUUUGGUGAAGAAUUAUUCAGUUGACGGCCUCCGUAUCGACAGCGUAUUGGAAGUCCAACCCAGUUUCUUCCCAGACUAUCAAUCAUCUGCAGGCGUGUAUUGCGUCGGGGAAGUCGACGAUGGCGAUCCGGCCUUGGAUUGUCCGUACCAGGAGUAUCUGGAUGGAAUAUUGAAUUACCCAAUCUACUAUCAACUGCUGUAUGCGUUUGAGUCGUCCAGCGGGAGUAUUUCCGAUCUAUACGAUAUGAUCAACUCCGUGGCCAGCGAUUGUUCGGAUCCGACUUUGCUGGGCAACUUUAUCGAGAAUCACGAUAACCCUAGAUUUGCCUAUUACACGUCCGACUAUUCCCAGGCAAAAAACGUCGCGACGUUCGUCUUUCUAAGCGACGGCAUCCCCAUCAUCUAUGCAGGCCAGGAACAGCACUACGACGGCGGCGCCGUACCCUAUGAUCGUGAGGCGACCUGGUUGUCAGACUACGAUACCACUGCAGAGUUGUAUGUCUGGAUUGCAACGACAAAUGCCAUUCGCAAAGCCGCCAUCGCAGCCGAUGAUGCAUAUAUUACCACCGCGAAUGAUCCAUUCUAUACUGAUUCGAACACCAUCGCCAUGCGCAAGGGUGAAGUCGUCACUGUGCUGAGUAACAGAGGCGUCGACGGGGAGGCGUAUACUCUUACUCUCAGUGCAGGGUACGAUGCCGACACGCAGCUGAUGGAGGUCUAUACUUGCACGACCGCCACAGUGAAUUCCGAUGGCGAUCUUGCUGUGUCGAUGGAGUCGGGCUUGCCGCGGGUUUUUAUGCCGGUUGAUUGGGCUGACAGUUUGUGCUCUACAACGACUGCAACGGCAACAGCAACGGCGACGGCAACUUCAACUUCGACUUCAACAGCAGCAGCCUGUACUGAAGUGCUGGUGACUCUCGAAGAAAUCGUGACAACCGUGUACGGCGAGGAAAUCUAUCUCAGCGGAUCCAUCUCGCAACUGGGCGCUUGGGAUACUUCGGACGCCCUGGAACUGUCUGCAGCGAACUACACCGCGUCCAAUCCGGAAUGGUAUGUCCAGGUCUCGCUGCCGCCGGGGACGACCUUCGAAUACAAGUUUAUCAAGAUCGAGACGGACGGGGAUCUCGUUUGGGAGAGCGAUCCCAACAGGGAGUAUACCGUGCCGGACUCUUGCACGGCGACCAUCGUUGAUACCUGGAGGUAGUCAGUAUAGCGUCAUGGAUCUUUUACCAUAUGCCCGAAUAAAACUCAUCUCUUUACUGAUGACUCGCCUCA